UACCUGGGCGUAUCCGUGGCACCUGGGCGGGCGGUUGGUAUCUUUAUCCUGCCCGGCGUGCCAUCUACUCCACCGCACGCGGAGGCUGCGCUGAGGCUCGCGAUGGCUUCCAAGGACCUGCUCAAGUGUGCCAAGUACAUCCUGCUGGCUGUGAACCUCCUCUUCUGGAUGCUGUCCCUCGCAGUGCUGUGCCUGACUGCAAAACUGAGAUGGCAGGUGAACGGAGCUCUGAUCCUCACCGCGGACACCAGCCUGGCAGGUGCGUUUGCAGAGACCUACUCGUCGACCCUGCAGAUGGUGAUGGUGGCCGUCUCUUGCCUACUCAUCCCCCUGGGUAUCCUGGGCUGCUGGGGCACGGUGCAGGGCCGCACCGCAAUCCUCGUGGUGUAUGGAGGUGGUCUGCUGCUGAUGCUGUGUGUGGAGGUGGCCACUGGCAUCUGGAACCUGCAUCACAAGGUUUCCUUCACUGACCAGGAUGUCCUCAGUCUUCAGACGAAAAUGCAACUCUAUGGACAAGACAAUCAUACAUCGUACACCCAAGCCUGGGAUGUCUUUCAGCAACAGCACAAGUGCUGUGGGGUGAGUGACUUCACCGAUUGGCUCGAGGGCCCGGGCCUGCCAUGGCCUCCGGACUCGUGCUGCCUGCGCCUGAUGCCCGGCUGCGGGCGCCUCGCAAGCCAGCAUGACCUCAUGCGCGUCUUCCAGCAGGGCUGCCAGCCCACGCUGCUGCGACUUCUGCAGGGCUGCGACCCGCUGCACACGCUGCGCUUGCUGGACGUCUCCGUAAGCGUGGCGCAGAUCAUGGCCAUGGUGGCCGCCCUACUCUUCCUCUGGCUGCUGCAGCUUCCCAAGCCUCCCGGGAGGCCGACCACUGCGCGGCUCCCACGCCACUCGAGCCGACGCACAGCACCCGGGCUCCAUGCAGGUCCACGCCGGGGCCACCGCCAUCGGCCAGUGAAGGAGUUUGACAGCCCCCAGUGGAUCCGGAUGACACAGAACAAGGAUAAUCAAAACGGGACUCAGCCAAUGAUGGAGUUCACUGAGCCCCCUGUGGCUCCGGUUGACACAGAACAAGUAGAAUCCAGCCGGGACUGAACUAGUGAAGGUGUUUAACAGCUCCCAGUGGCUCUGCAUGACACAGAACACAGAGAAUCCAGCCAGGACUCGGCCAGUGAUGGAGUUCACUGAGCCGCCUGUGGCUCUGAUUGACACUAAACACGGAGAAUCCAACUGGGACUCGGUUGCCAUGAAAGACGAUGCUGCCCUGUGCUCACACUGCACAGAGUGGUCGACCAAGCGAUGCAAGUGAGAGCCAAAGUAGUCCCACAAGCAUAAUGUCAGCCUUGGUUUUAAUAUUGCUUUUAAAUAUUACAUUGUUUAUAAAGUAUAUUUGUAAGAGGUACCUCGUAUUAAUCAAUCGUGACGCAUAACAGCCUUCCUUUCCCAACAAUCAUUGGGCGGUGCUCAUUUCCAUUGGCAGUCUUGAGCUCCUGGUGGAAAUUCCAUAUUCCUGCCGCAGAGGGGUCAUUCUCUUCAGGACCAGUGGCAAAUUCUUAUAAAGCGGUUCCUAUUUUAUCGACCCCGAGGGGAUUGUGUGGCAGUCGACCACCGAGCAGGAUGCUACAGCCUUAAGCUGUGCCACGUGGUGGGCAGUGCCAGUAGCCAUGGCCGCUUGAUGUCUAGCGCCCAGCAAGAGUGGUUACAGUCCUACCCGAGCACAGGUGCAAAGACCCAAGUGGCCAGAAGCAAACGGCACCGCUGAAGGCGUUGUAGACAAAGAGUUGAUGCAUUAAUGUUGAUGGAGAAAGGUUUGCACGAGUUCGGGGAAAGAGAGGAUUGGAGGGAAGUUCAAACGUCGAGCAGUGGGAGGGAAGAAGCAUAGGGGAAUUGUGGUGAGUGGGUGUAUAGGUGAGUGUUUUGAUCUGCAGUAUGGAGAGUGGGUGCUUUGAUGAUUGAUUUGAUUUGCAGUGUGGUGAGUCAGUGAGUGGGUGGGUAGAGUGAUUUGAUCUGCAUUGGGGUGAGUGGGUGUGUAGUUGAGUGUUUUGUUGUGACCUGCAGUGUGGAUGCGACAAAUCAGUCUAGUCGACCGAGUCCUUACCAUAGAUGGAGGAUUUCGAUUUAAAGCUUUCGUGACUGCAGGGAUCCAUCUUCUUGGUUCUUUCGGUAAAGUCACGUAGAAUGGAAAUAAUAAAAUAAUCAAAAUAAAAACAGCAAAAUAAUUAUUUUAUUAUUUUUAUUUUUAUUAUGUUUUAUUUUUAUUAAAUAAAACAUAAUAAAAGAAUUAUUUUAUUAUGUUUUAUUUCUAUUAUUUUAUUAUUUCCAUUCUACGUGACUUUACCGAAAGAACCAAAAAGAUGGAUGGAGGAUUCAAUGAGUGAAAUUCAAGGGUACAGUAUACGUGGUAGUAGUGAUAGAAAAGUGAGUGGGUGAUGAGUUAAUCAGUGAGUUCUGGAUUAUCUAACUGGUGUACAUUAAAUUAUAUGAACUGCAGCGAGGUCUGGGUACUCCAUACCAGACAUGACAGCAGGAUUUCAAAUUUAGCCAAAUGUGUGCUUUGCACAGCAGCAGUAACAAUUGCUCGGAAUGUAAGAGACGUUGACACGGAAAAUAAAUCCACGCUUCUUUUAAUGCCUCCUUGGCCAAAUUGGUAACAGUCCGUUCCAGGACAGCUCAGAUGAGACUGUUGUGAAAACCAGAUAAGUUGUUUCACUAUGGAUAAAAAUAACGUUGAAAAAUAUGAGGGGAGUGACUGUUUUUGGCUCCGUUGAACGUGACAGGGUGUUGUCACUCCAACGAAGAACUGCGUUCAAGUCACAUCUGAGCGUUGGGCAGCUAAACUAUUACUUUCAGAUUUUGAUUUACAUGAGCAUGGUGAUUGAAGUGUACCAUCAUCUGCUAAUGACUGAAUCGCAUUUCGAGAGCUAUGCUUUGCCUUUCAAACUACGUUUGUAACGUUCCAGCGAUGUAGUGCCCACACCGUGUAUCCAGCUGGGUAAUUUCUGUGCUCAGUUUUUAAAAUGCAUUUCGUUGAGGUGACUACUACAGAGUAUGUAUACAUCGAUGUGACAUUGCCCAUUUCAUUUAACAAACUAAAACUAAACUAAAAACUUUAAUUUUACCAUGUAAGACCCACUGAGCUAUAUAGCUCUUUUUCAGAAGCGACCUGGCCACAAGUUAUAUCUCAAUGAAGUGGUUACUCGUGUGAAUAUGUAUAGCAGCCAAAUACUCUAAAUAUGGAGGACCCGGUGAAAAAUCAAAGCGGCCACGGGGAGAAUUUGGAAACUCUAAAUAUACAGGUGUCGGGAUCGAACCCAUGAUCUCCUGUAUACCAGGUGAGGUAGUUUACAUCUCGCCACCAUGGCGCUUCAACAAAACCACGUUUGGGUCUGUGGGCAACUUACGAUUUUCCGCGUUAUUUGGUAUGAUGGAGUUGCUGAUGGUUUUAUUAGGCUGAUACAUCUCAGAAGAAUGAUAUUAUAGGUUGUAAUGGCCUCUUGAGUUGUAAUAUUUAACGUCCCCAUCACAUAAGUUAAAAAUUGUUUAGAACUAUCUGGCAAUGUUUUCUUCUGAAAUGUUCAUAAAUAGUAAUUGUUUUGUAAAAUAUUUUUUUCAUAAGAUUGCACUAAUGCAAUGGUUUUUUCUUGUUUUAACAAUGAGCCAUAUUAUCACCCAAUUACCAUAUUGACCAAAAAAACCCUAAAUAUAUAUUUAAAAUGUUGUGUAGAUGCAAAUGCACCUGUCAUGAGCACCAUUACUUAAUGUGCACCUAGCAUGGCACAAGUGUCUUGGUGACGUCACCGCCACAUAGUAGCGAACAGCGAUGGUUAUUAUUACCAACAGCGCGGAAUAGGAAAGGCUCGCGAUGACGAUACUGAUGGGUUGGAACAAAAUCGCAUAUCUUCGACAAAAACUUUCACUUUGUACAACAGUUUCCCUUUACCAGUAUUAUCCCCGUGUCUCAUUGGAAAGCUAAAUCGUAAUAAUAAAUUACAGCUUCUUGGUUCUUUCGGUAAAGUCACGUAGAAGGGAAAUAAUAAAAUAAUAAUAAAACAUAAUAAAAUAAUUCUCACGACGUUUGGGCCACAACGCAAGCAGCCUUCCUCAGGCGAAGAACAGGUCUGUCGGAAAAUUAAAUUACAGGUGUAAGGAGCAUUUCAUCCAUAUAUCCCAAUGCACCAUGCAUGGAAAUCAUGAAAUCAACAGAACCAGGGUAAACGGCCAGAACUCGAGGGUCCAGGCCAAUUCAAAGAGGUGAGAUUUCAAGACAGAAUUAAAUAGCUUUAACAGCAAAGCGUUCCAUUAUAUGGGAGCUGCACUGGCAAAAAGCCCCCGAUCACCCCAGGAACAGAGUCUUGACCUCGGAGUGCUCAGAAGGCAACACGAAGAUCUCAAAGGCAUCGUCGGGAGUAUAAAAAUUAACCCGUAAAAACAAAGUUUUUCACUAUAAAUCCUUUAUAUGCGUGGCGGCUAGAGUCCUCUCAUCCUCUGGCUUGAGAUGGCUGCCACCUAUGGGUCAGAAGAUUGCCUGCCACCAUUAAGCAAUUGGUAAUUAAAUAUAAAAAAAAAUCCUAAAAAGUGUAAAAAUUUGGAAAAUAAAUUUCACGAAAAUUAGUUGUCACGCACAACGAGUCUGUGUGCAAAAUGUCAGCUCGAUUGGAUCACGGGAAGUGGGUUAAAAACGACCUAAAGAUUUGCACGGUCGUAAGCGUGCAAGCAAGCAAGUGAACUUAAUAUAAAGGAUUUAAAAAUGGAUCCGUUCCUUCAAAUAUCGUGGGACUAACCCCUUCAAAUAUCGUGGGACUAACCCUUUACAUAUAAAAGCAGGAUCUUUUAGAAAGCUGCAGACCUCUAAACAACAAUGCAGCACAAUGCGAGCCAAAGUAGCAAGGGUUGGUUGGGUUUACUCAGUCGAGUGGUUUCCUUGCUUUGUUUACUGGUUUACAAACGGCAGUGUUCAUGCCCUCUGUGGCAUGCCGAGCGGCGUUAGGGUGUGCUCACGACGCAAGGACAUGAAGUUCACCAUUCCUUUUGGGCUGUGUAUGAAGGGGUUUGUGAUUUUUUUUCAUAGCCGCACCGACGUUAAUAAAACAUUGCCAAUGAAAUGUUCA